UCAAGUUGAAUCCUCGUUAUAAAUUCCCCUCAUCUUCUGGCCAUAAUUCAAUCAGAUUGCGAUCAACACGAGCUGCAAGUUCAAUAUGACUACUACUACUACUACUACUACUACUACUACUACUACUACUACUACUACUACUACUACCGCCCCCUUCUUGUCUGCGUUUCCUGAUGGUCUCAAGACCUCAGGACAGCAUGCACCAGACUACUCUCUUGUCCGUGUCUACAAGGAUUUUCCGAAACAGAUGACCGGCCCUACAGUUUGGGAUGCUGCGGAUUACCGCGACCAUCCUGAACGUUGGACUCACUCGUUUACCUCCGAUGAAGUUGCUGAGAUCGGUGCUUCGGCAGAUCGCUUCAUCGAGGACGGAACGCCCUUGACCGGUAUCACAAAGGAGAAAUUUCCCCUUCCCAAGCUCUCAGAAAGAAUGAACGCUUUACGCAAGGAUUUGCUGGAAGGCAAGGGCUUCUUCCGGUUCAGAAACCUCCCCGUCACGGAAUGGGGUCUGCACAAAUCUGCAGUCGCCUACAUGGGUCUAGGCACAUACCUAGGAUACUUCCUCAGUCAGAACGGAAGGGGACACGUCCUUGGGCACGUCAAAGACCUAGGUGAAGACCCUACCCAAACCCACAGAGUUCGUAUCUACCGAACAAACGCCAGCAGACAAUACUUUCACACAGACGCCGGUGAUAUUGUCGGCCUACUGUGUAUCGCCAAGUCGCUUUCGGGCGGAGAGUCCGACAUCGUCUCAACUCACCAUAUUUACAACAUCCUUCAGAGAGACCACCCUGAUGUGGUAAAAACCUUGGUUGAACCGAACUGGUACUUCGACCGCAAGGGCGAGGUGUCCGCCGGACAAGAGCAGUGGAUCCGAGGCGCCGUGAUGUAUCUUGAAAAUGAAGCAGAGCGUCCACCACGGGUGUCUGCAAAAUUCGACCCCAAUAACGUCACAUCGCUUUCGCGAUUCAACUCCGGUCCAGAUGCACGCAUCCCACCCCUCUCGGAGAAACAGAAAUAUGCCAUGGAGGUAUUAGAGCGUACAUGCAAGGAAAACUCUCUUCACAUGACCCUAGCUCCUGGGGAUAUCCAGUUCCUGAGUAAUCCACAUGUCUUCCACGCGCGAACUGCUUAUACAGAUUACCCCCGCGGGGCGAUGGACGAGAAUGGAAAGCCACGCCCACAGAGGCAUCUCAUGCGAUUAUGGCUUGCUGUUCCUCAGGGUGAAGGUGGCUGGAAGCUUCCAUUUCCUGAUGCCGCUAAUAAGAAGAGAGGUGGUAUCCAAGUAGAUGACCGGCCCCCAACUUGCCCACUCGAUGCAGAGUAA